AUCGCACUUUCUGCGUACUACAUCAGCGCAGCUACAAUGGGCGCCGUUGCCGACGUCCUGAGCUCCCCGGGACACCCGGAAGUGGUGGAGCGCAUCCUCGAGUUCCUCGACCACCGCUCCAUCUUGAGCGCGGGUGCUACAUGUGUCAACAUCAACGACGUCGUGAUCGGCUCGUCGCGACUGCAGUAUAUCCUCCGACGGGCACUGUACGCUCUCCCGUCGACCUAUGCGCAAUUCGCCCCGCGUAUCCCCACUGGCACGCUUGUCGAUCGCCUGUCUGACACCCAGCGGCGAUGGGACCGGCUCGAGCCGAAACGCGUCGACAUUGUCGAGCACGACCAUGAGAUGUUCAAGGCAAUCGCAACUCAGGGCGUUCUGGUUGUCGCGCACUAUAUCCAACGGGACAAGCCGUGGCAUGAGGACUAUGCGACGAGUGAGGAGGACGACAACGAGGACGACCCCGAGGGCUGGGACGAGGAUAUGGACAGCGCCGACAGUGACGAGGACGAGGACGACAUGGGCAGUGUUGACGGCGAAGUCCCCGCCAUCGACGUCAACGACGUCGGCGUGCCGAUGGAUGACGGGGCCGAAGAUUGGGAGACGGACGACAGCGUCCAGGGUGUCGACGACGACGACCUGGACGACAUGAUGUUUGGCAACGGCGGCUGGUCGACUGGGUCUGACGAUUCAGACUCGGACGACGAUGACGACGAGGACGCCAUCGCGGUGAGCAAAAGCUGGACAGUGUACGAUGUCGGGCUGCUGCGUGACGCGGAUCCCGCCGUCAAGUUCAAGGACGCCGUGCCCCACUGGACAUUCAAGACCAACAAGGCUUUUAGGAAGAUCGCCGCCUCGCGUAAUGGCAACGUUGUGGCUGUCUCUACCUUGGACAUUGAGGACACACUCGACGACCAAGAACGGCCGACGGGUGCACGCAUCGUCAGCACAAUCUACUUCUAUGUCCUCGUCCCCGAUACGCCAGGAGGCAGUUCCGAGCCCUUGGAUGCCAUCCCACACCCCGUGAAUGACAUGAUCCAAUGGAUAACAUACUCCACGACUCCGGUCAUCACACCAGGGGUUGCCACUCCGUGGGCGGCACACCCAUACUGGUUCGACAUCAACUUUGGCAAGAACAACACCAUCGCCGCUACAUCUAUGCGCGAGGCGGAAAAGGCAAAGGUCUGGCGCUGGACAACGGGCGAGUUGCUGUCUGCAAGUGUCACUGAGAUGAUGUGA